UUUGGCUCAGGAGAUUUAUGACAUGUAUAAAAAUAAUUUUAAUACUUGUCUUAUUGAAAGGAAUCCUGAACCAUUGCCAGGAAAAUUGCUCUUGGAACCUGUUAACAUUCUCUCAAGAAAACCUGAUUCAGAGUGGAAAGUUAGCGAUGUUCUUCCACUUGCUAAAAUUCUCACGGGGAGGAUCGCAAUCGAUGGUUCUGGAGAAAAUCAUCAAGGAGCAGAUGCUCUAAUGAAAAUUGGCACAGAUUUGACGACAUAUAUAUUUGCUCAUCCGGAAAUUCGAUUUAUUAUCAAUCCCUUGUAUGUCGUGCUAGACUUUACUACUAUUAAUGAAAAUGUUCCACCGAAAGUUAAUGCGUAUCCGUCGGUUGGUUCUCUAAAUUUUUACCCAGGAUCAAAUCACGUUUUUUCAUUUAACGAUCCCGGAGUGACAGAAAGUACAUAUCAUUUUAUCAGAUGGCUUCAAGGUUUCUAUCCCAGAAUUAGAGCAUUUGUGUUCUAUACUGCAUACGCAACAGGAUUAUACUGA